AUGCUCAUGAGCAGCCGCCAACUCGGCUCGACUGACGACGGCGAGGAACUCACGACCCUCGAGUUUGCUGGCCUUGAUGUCGACGGCGGCAACAACUGCAAUGACGAAGGCAACGGUACAAGGGAUGGCAAGUCUGGUCUCAAAUCGCGACCACCGUCUGCCAGAAGAAGCCGCCGACAGAGCAGCGCCCCCGAAUGGACGCAUGUCGGCAGUCAAAAUGGGAAAUGUGGUCCGUCGCCGAGCCGAUCGAAUGGACCCUCCGCCUCUCUCACGCCAACUUCGCUUGGUGUGGUGACCAUGGGCAGCAUGGCCGCGACUUCGCCUUUGCCUCCGACGCCUAAACGAUCGAGCUCUUGGUCCCUCUCCCUCGUCGCACUCGUUACGGCCGGCCUCGGUGUCGCCCUCUUAAUCGCUAUCCUCGACUCCCUCGUCAACCACCACGCCGAGCCGAAAGGAUGUCGCAUGUCUUACAUGAGGCCCUCCUACAUCCAUUACUCGGAGUUCGACACCGAGCACACGCGCUUCGCCACCAAAUACUCGCUCUACCUGUAUCGCGAGCAAGGUAUGGACGACGGGAACAAGCUACUUGGCAUCCCCGUCCUUUUCAUUCCAGGCAAUGCCGGAAGCUACAAGCAGGUGAGGCCGAUGGCAGCUGAAGCAGCCAACUACUUUCGUGACUCUCUCCAGAUGGAUGGCGUCUCGGUUCCGUCCGGUGUUCGGAAUCUCGACUUUUUCACCGUCGACUUCAAUGAGGAUAUUACUGCCUUUCAUGGCCAGACGUUGCUGGACCAAGCCGAGUACCUCAAUGAGGCCGUUCGCUACAUCCUGUCCCUGUACUCAGACCCCCAGCGGUCUGGCCGAGAUUCGCAACUACCCGAUCCCACGUCCGUCAUCAUCCUCGGCCAUUCCAUGGGCGGCAUCGUUGCACGCGCCAUGCUGGUCCAGCCGAACUACCAGCCGAAGUCCAUCAACACCAUUAUCACCAUGUCGGCACCCCACGCGCGCCCACCGGUCACCUUUGACCGGCAGAUUGUCCAAAUCUACGAGGAGAUCAACACCUUCUGGCGCAACGCCUACGCGCAGAAGUGGGCCAACGACAACCCCCUGUGGCAUGUCACCCUCGUUUCCAUUGCAGGUGGCAGCCUCGACACUGUAGUACCGUCGGAUUACGCCAGCCUAGAAUCGCUUGUGCCGGAGACGCACGGCUUCACCGUCUUCACGACGGGGAUACCCACCGUCUGGACGAGCAUGGAUCAUCAGGCCAUCCUUUGGUGCGAUCAAUUCCGCAAGGUUGUUGCCCGGGCCCUGUACGAAAUUGUGGACGUCCAUCGUGCUUCCCAGACGAAGCCGAGGGCGGAUCGGAUUCACCUCCUCAGACGACGCUUCCUCCCCGGUUUGGAAGCGGUCAAUGAGAAGACGCCUCAUUCGCGGAAGGCAACGACGCUCCUGACUCUCGGCGAUGGCUCCAGCCGCAUCGUCCCACCUGGCUCCCGCCUGACACUUCGAGAGCUGGGGUCGCAGGCACAGUCGCAACCCCAACCUCGGACGAGAGCACACUUGAUUCCCAUCCCCCCUCCUGGUUCCCCUGGACUGAAGCGAUUCACCCUUUUGACUGAUGCAACCCUCGACGGGGCCGGGAAAGAUGGCUUCCUCCAAGUCUUGCUUUGCAGCGUCGUUCCCCAUCAGCAUGGACCGACCGAUGCCCAGUUUUUGACGCACGUCGACCUGUCAAACGGAGAAGACAGAGAUGGAAACAGAAACGAAAACGGUAAUGAAAACGGCGCGCCCACGAGGCUGGCUUGCAAGAACGCUGCUUCCGACGCCACGAUGCUCCCUGCAUCGACCUCGUCGACCCAAUACCCUUUCUAUCGGGACGGCGAACAAGAAAUCCGGCCGUUUACCUAUUUUCAGUAUGGCGCCGAACACCUCGCCGAUCAUCAGUUCAUCGCCAUCGUUGACAAAGCUGCCAGCCCGGAGCAUGCAUUUGUCGUGGCCGAAUUCAGCGACGAAGACUCCUUCAGAAGAGAAUACGAUGUCGGCCUCGUUCAGCUACUCACCGGCGGAUUGUCUUUCAGUCUCUCAGCCAGUCGGCCCAUGGUUGUCGACAUUCGCAUUCCUGCUGCCGCCUCUGCACUGAUGGCCUUUGGUUUGAACAUUACGCAGCCGCCCUGCACGGGUGAUGAGCUUCCAAUUCUUUUUUCGCCCCUCGUGCGCCAAUACCUCGAGAAGCCGUACGAAAGCAAGUAUUUCGUCAAUGCUCAACACGCAACACUUAGCUUUCACGGAAGGGCCCCCUAUGUUCCUCCGCCUCUUGCUCCCUCAGCCGACUCAACAGGACUAGGUCUCCAAUUAUGGUCCGACCCGUCGCGUCAUACGACUCUGCAUGUCAGCCUCCGAUUCGACAUGUGGGCAAGUAUGGGAAACUUGUACAUGCGAUAUCGCACCGUCUUCGCCGCUUUCCCCUUGCUCAUUGUGUCAAUGGUCCUUCGAAAGCAAUUUCGCGUCUAUGAUGCCACCGGAAUCUUCAUAUCCUUCUCGGCGGGCCUGGAUCUCUCCCUACGGCGGUCAAUUCCCAUGCUACUGCUUUCGCUCACCCUGAUGUCGACAUGGCUCGACAGAGUCUUCGCCGCCCUUGAGCGUGGACUUGCUUGGCCCAGCGGGAAUGUGAGCCCGGCCGGAUCGCCAAGUUUCGACAGAAACGAACUGCUUAUCGGUACCACGGAUCCUCUGUUCUGGUUCCUGAUUCCCCUCACAGGCAUCGUCUGCGUGGGCGUGUGUACCGUCCUGCAUUAUAUCGUGUUAGGCACGACAUGGGUUAUCGGCGUUCUAUACGGUUUCAUGAAUCGGGAGCGUGUCAACCAUCAACAUCAGCAGCAGCAGCAGCAGCCGCCGCAGCAGCAGCAGCGAGAUGACUCAGCAGUCCGCCUUUCAUCCACAUCCACACCGCUCAGGCGUAUGAUCUCGACGGCUGUCCUCUUGUUCCUUGUCUCAACAUUUAUCCCGUACCAGUUCGCGUACCUGGUGGCUUGUCUUGUCCAGCUUUUCACAUCCGCCCGUGCAUUUCAGCUUGCUAGAGGCACGACCUCGACCUCGAAUGCCAACUACCAUCAUUACGCACAUUCGAUUCUCCUUCUCAUGAUGUGGGUGCUACCCGUCAACCUGCCUAUCCUGGCCGUUUGGGUGCGCAAUCUUGCCGUUCAUUGGCUUACUCCCUUUUCCUCCCACCACAACGUGCUGUCGAUCAUGCCCUUCAUUCUCCUUGUCGAGAACCUCACCGCGGGCAGGAUGGUGCCGCACAUUGCGAGUGGACUUCGCCACAUCACAAGUGCCCUCUUGUUUGGGACCGCUCUCUGCGCCGCUGUUUAUGGUGUAUCGCACGCCUAUGUCCUUCAUUAUCUUGUCAACGCAGUAGCCGCCUGGCUUGUCAUCUUGCACUCAACAUCAGAUUCCUGGUCACUGACAACAAUUGGCGCCAUGUUUGAAGGAAAUGCAAAUGAGGCGAGGAAGGGAGACAAGGUGCCAUGA